UGUCACUUAAGUCAUGUAAAUUCAUUUGAAGCACAAGAAACCACAAAAAUGUGGCACGAAGCUAGAAGACAAGAGCGGAAAAUCCGUGGCAUGCUGGUGGAUUAUAGACGUCGCGCCGAACGUCGCCGAGAUUUCUACGAAAAAAUUAAAGCCGACCCGACACAAUUCUUACAAGUGCACGGAAGACAAUGCAAAAUCCAUUUGGACCCAGCGAUCGCCGCAGCUGCAGAUAGUGCUGUUAUGAUGCCGUGGCAAGGACAAACGGACAAUCUGAUAGACCGUUUCGACGUUCGCGCCCACCUAGAUUAUAUUCCUCCAGUGAAAAAGGAUGAUGAACCUGCUGGACAAACAUUAGAAGAUAGACAGUUGAAUUAUGAGAGGUACAGGAUCAUUGCCCAGAAUUCCUUCCUGGCCAUCUCAGAGGAGAAGUUUCUGAAGCAGCUACAUCUGGAGGAGCAGUUUGGAUACACUGAGAAGCCUCCAAAGAAGGACAGAACUGGUGGUGCCGCCAUAGGCUUUAAUUAUGAGGAUGGAACUGGUAUUACUCAACCAGAGGGUUAUGAAAACCAAGACGAAAACUCCGACGACAACUCAGACAGCGACCUGGACGUGGAUCUGGCCAUAAACGUGUCUAAAAUGGAUCCGACUGAGGCGCACGAAAUGAACAAGCACGGUCACCAUUUCGGCAUGAGUUCCAACGACUUUUACUCCUUCUUGACCGACGAUCUGGAGGAGGCGGAAACGUACAGGUUGGCUAAAGAAGAGGAGCACGAAAAAGCCUUGUUCUCCGGCAGAAAAUCACGUAGGGAACGACGAGCUCAUCGCGAGAAACGUCUGGCCAACAGGAUAAUUAGUCCGCCUAGUUAUGCGGCGCAAGCCUCGCCCACCAACCCGUUGCUGAACGUCAGCAGAUCGCCGUCCCGGUCACCAUCACCCGAGAACGCCGGUAAGAUUACUUACAUAACGUCCUUCGGAGACGACGAGGACCCGCCGUCGACGAGUAAGCCGACGUACGCAGACAAGGUGAAGUACGGCAAACCAAAAACGGAACGGAUCGUGUACAGGAGGAGGAGCAGAGAGGGCGCGAAGCGGAGACGGUCGCCAAGCAGAAGCAGGUCGAGGACGAGGAGAAGUUCGAGGAGGAGGAGCAGCUCAAGAUCGGUGUCGCAAGAAAAUUCCAGGUACAGGAGGUCGAGUUCGAGAGGCCGGAACAGGUCGUUUAGAAGGAGAUCGACGUCUUCGUCAUCUUCAUCGUCGUCGAGUAAAAGUAAAUCGUCGCGUAGUUCGUCGUCACCGGGUCCGACGCCUGCGAAAAACAGCAGGAUCAGUCCGUUGAGAGCGGAAUCGCCCCCGAAAGUUUUGCCCAGAUACUACGGCAGAAAAAAGAGUGACCAGAGCUCAUCGGACCUCAGCGAAUUGAGCGAUAGCGCAGAGAAACGGGUCAACAGUAACUCAAACGAAACUAGGUCUUCGGGUAGUAAUAUAACUGGAAAUUCAACAGCCAAAAAACCAACUACCUCAAUGACAAUACAAGAACGACUUAAGCGGAAACGACAGGCUUUACUCAAUAAACAAUUUAAGGCUGAUAAAAUUGCCGAGAAGAUUAAAACCGAACGUGAGAAACAAGAGCAACAAACUAGAGAAGACGAGCUACGAGAAAUGGCAAUAAAACUAAGAAAAAGACAAAGGGAGAAACGUCACGCGUACGAGAGCAAUCGCAGUUCAAGUUCCUCAGACAGCGAUUCGGACGUGAAAAGCCACACGUCCAAACCGGAAAUUGAACAUAAAAGCAGGAGCGUCAGUCCUAAAAUAAAGGAGCGUGAAAUAAAAGAAAAGAAACGUGACUACUACGAGGAACGGGACAAAAAGGAAAGGCGUGACAGGAGUAGGGAUAGGGAUGAUCGGGAAAGCAGUAGGGAAAGGAGACAUCAUAGUAGAGACAGGAGAUUUUACAGGGAUAGGAGGGGGAGUCCAAGGAGGAAAGACGACAGGGGGUUUAGGGAGGAAGAUAGGAGAAGGCAUGACCGGGAUAGGGAAAAGGACAGAGAUAGGAGGGAAUACAGAAUCAACAGACUGGUGGAUUAUUAGUUUAAUUUUUAUGUUUAGGUUCAAUUACUAUUAUUAAACAAUUGAUUUGGAAUAAAACGCUUGUUGUGUUUUAUUUUAAGACCG